AGAACUAGCCGGGUCAGAGGUCAGGAGUGGAGCAACCUCCCUGGCCCGGGCCGGCGCGGGAGGGCUGUGUGAUGGCCUCGGAGCGCCCCGAGCCAGAGGUCGAAGAAGCUGGACAGGUGUUUCUGUUAAUGAAGAAAGAUUACCGAAUCUCCCGAAAUGUUCGCCUGGCUUGGUUCCUUAAUCACCUGCAUCAAACUGUUCAGGCCACGCCCCAAGAGCUCCUGCUUCAGUCCGAGCAGGAGUUGGAAGUCCUUAGUGUUCUGCCCCCUGGAUGGCAGCCAGAUGAACCCGUGGUCCCAAGGCCAUUUCUUCUUGUGCCCUCCACCCGAGUCACCUUCCUGGCCUGGCAGUAUCGUUUUGUUAUUGAGCUGGACCUCAGCCCAUCGACUGGCAUUGUGGAUGAUUCUACGGGGGAGAUCUUGUUUGAUGAAGUUUUCCAUGCUCUGUCCCGCUGUCUGGGUGGGCUGCUUCGGCCGUUUCGAGUGCCUGGGUCCUGUAUCAACUUCCAGCCGGAGAUCUACGUGACAAUCCAGGCCUAUUCCUCCAUCAUUGGCCUGCAGUCCCACCAGGUUCUGGUGCAAGGCUGCCUUUUGGACCCUUCCCAGCGGGAGGCAUUCCUGCAGCAGGUAUAUGAGCAGCUCUGCCUCUUUGAGGAUAAGGUGGCCACCAUGCUGCAACAGCAGUAUGAGCCCCAGGGCCAGGUAAGUGGGAAACAAAAGAGGGCAGAAGCCAUUGAGAGGACACCUGAGAGUAGGUGGCUAAGUGAACCAAGGAUGGAGUGCUAUGCACAGUCAAGGCAGGCUCCCUGCUGGACAGGGACAGCUCACAUCCAAGCCCUACACCCCAGAUUCACGCUGGGAGAAAUGAAGGCAUUUGCCUGUGAGGUUUUGUUGUUUGUUUGUUUGUCUUGUCGUUUUUACUUCUCCAGUCCUGGAACUGAAAGAACACUGGCAGUUUUGAUCGCUGUUUAGCAUUUUUAAAGCUGUUUGGCUUGCUGGAGUGUCCUGCCUCAUUACUUUGGAGACUGUCAAAAGUGGCUGCGCAAAUAGUGUGUGGUGACGGCCUUGUGUUUGACUGAUUAUGAAAUAUUUCAGAGCACUGAUGGGGAAAUGUCUCUGGAGAGGCUGCCUCGGCAGAGUCUGAUACUUCACCUGGUGCUUGACUCUCUUCCUGUCUGCGGCUUGGCAUCUUAACACAUGCUGGGCAUGAGGACACAGCAGAACUCAGCUGCAGUAUAGGGAACUGGGAGCACUGAGGCCUACAUCUGUCUGACCUGGGUGUACCGGGCUCUAAGUUGCAGUUUGAGGGCUGGGUGUGGACUCAAUGGCAAACUGUGCCUGGUACAUACAAGACCCAAGGUUCAGUGUCCUGUGCCAGACAAGAGAGACGGAGAGAAAGACUGUAGGAAGUCUGAUUUUGGCUGUAGAUGGGGCAACAUUACUCUCUGUCCCAUUCUCUUCUGUAAUUUUGGGCCAGGCAGAAGACCAGUCCCCAGAGUCAGGGGAGUCCUUGGGACGGAAGGUAGGAGUCUCCAUGGUGACAGCUGAUCUUGGGCUGGUCAGUAUGAUUCGUCAGGGCAUCUUGGCGCUGCAGUUACUGCCCUCAAAUUCUAGUGCAGGUAUCAUUGUGAUCACAGACGGGGUGACCAGUGUCCCUGAUGUUGCUGUGUGUGAGACACUACUGAACCAGCUCCGCAGUGGCACUGUGGCAUGCUCUUUUGUGCAGGUGGGAGGCGUUUACUCCUAUGAUUGUAGCUUUGGUCACGUGCCUAACGUGGAGUUGAUGAAGUUCAUCGCCAUGGCAACGUUUGGCUCCUACCUGUCCACUUGUCCUGAGACCGAGCCAGGCAACCUGGGUCUGACUGUGUACCACCGGGCGUUCCUGCUCUACUCCUUCCUGCGCAGUGGGGAAGCCCUGAACCCUGAGUACUACUGUGGUUCCCAACACCGCUUGUUUAACGAGCACCUGGUCUCUGCAAGCAGCAACCCUGCCCUGGCCUUGCGCAGAAAGAAGCACACUGAGAAGGAGGUGCCAGCUGACCUGGUCAGCACUGUGUCUGUCCGCCUCCGAGAGGGCUACAGUGUCAGAGAGGUGACUCUAGCCAAAGGAGGGUCCCAGCUGGAGGUGAAGCUGGUGCUGCUGUGGAAACACAAUAUGCGCAUUGAGUAUGUGGCUGUGGCGCCCUGGCCCCUGGAGCCUGAGGGUCCUCGAGGGACCAGGGUGGAAGUGACAAUGGAAGGUGGCUAUGACAUUUUACAUGACGUGUCCUGUGCACUACGGCAGCCUAUUCGCUCGCUCUAUCGCACUCACGUUAUUCGCCGUUUCUGGAACACACUACAGAGCAUUAACCAGACGGAUCAGAUGCUUGCCCACCUGCAGUCCUUCUCGUCGGUGCCGGAGCAUUUCACGCUUCCAGACAGCACGAAGAGCGGAGUGCCGCUCUUCUACAUCCCACCUGGCUCCAGCACCCCGGUGCUCUCCCUUCAGCACAGUGGCUCCGACUCAUCCCAUGCCCAGUUUGCUGCCUACUGGAAGCCAGUGCUGUCCAUGGACGCUAACUCAUGGCAGAGAUGGCUGCACAUGCAUCGCCUGGUGCUAAUCCUAGAGCAUGACACGCCACUCCCUAAGCACUUGCACACCCCGGGCAGCAAUGGACGCUACAGCACCAUCCAGUGCAGGAUCUCCCACUCCUCACUCACCUCUCUGCUUCGAGACUGGAGCAGCUUUGUGCUGGUUGAGGGCUAUUCCUAUGUCAAGCUGCUCUCCAGUGCCCCAGACCAGCCCCCAUCCUCCUUCUACAUGGUCCGCAUCAUUUCCAAGACCCCUUGCAUGGUUCUUCGCCUGGGGUUUCCAAUUGGCACACCAGCCCAGGCCCGGCAUAAGAUCGUGUCGGGCUUGAAGGAAGAGAUCCUGCGCCUCCGUUUCCCUCAUCGGGUGCAAAGUAAGGAGCCGACACCCAAAGUGAAACGGAAAGGGUUAGGGGGUGUGGGGGGCAGUUCGCCCUCCAAAUCGCCCCCCACUCUGGGGCCACAGCAGGCCUUGUCUGACCGGCCCUGCCUCGUGGUUCUUCACAAGCCACUGGACAAGCUCCUCAUCAGGUACGAGAAGCUGCCCCUGGACUACAGGGCACCCUUCUUGCUGACACUGGAGCCACCAGGACCACUGCCCCUGGUAUCAGGCCGCUCGGCCUCAUCCAGCCUCGCCUCGCUGUCGCGUUACCUCUACCAUCGGCGCUGGCUGUGGAGUGUCCCAUCAGGCCUUGCCCCAACGCUGCCCCUCAGUGCCACCGCCCAGCUCCUCUCUGUCCUCACUGAAGUCCGGCUCUCUGAGGGGUUCCACUUCGCCUGUAGCGGGGAAGGUAUCAUCAACAUGGUGUUGGAGCUCCCAGUUCAGAACGAACCACUGGGGCAGGCUGCAGCUGAAGAGAAGCAUACGUGUGUUGUCCAGUACAUCCUCUUUCCCCCCCACUCUACCUCCACUAAAGACAGCUUCUCAACAGAUGAUGACAACGAUGUGGAGGUAGAGGCCUUAGAGGGGGACUCAGAGCUCAAUCUAGUCACCGAAGUGUGGGUGGAGCCUCAGUAUGGCCGUGUGGGGCCUGGCCCUGAAAACUGGAAACACCUACAGGAUUUGACCUACUCUGAGAUUCCUCAAGCUCUCCACCCACGGGACGCUGCCUGCAUAGGCUCCCUGCUGACCUUUGAGUACCUGAUACAGCUGUGCCAGAGCAAGGAGUGGGGUCCUCUGCCCCCAGAGCCACGGCUCUCAGAUGGGCUGGACCAGCGAGGAGACACCUGUGUCCAUGAGAUCCCGUUCCACUUUGACCUACUAGGGUUGUUGCCGCAGUGCCAGCAGCUGCAGAUGUUUUUCCUCCUGCUUUCCAGAGCUGCCUGGGACAGGAGCUCAGUGACCGGGAGAUCCCACUGACCCCCGCUGACCAGGCCGCCUUCCUGAACGAGGUCCUGCGGCGGAGCUUGCGUGACCCAGGUCCAGAAGGUCCUCCAGUCGGGGGCCAUGCAGUCGCUAAGGAUCGAGCAGGCAACAGCACUCAGGCCUCUGGAGACUCCACCCUUCCUAGCCAGAGUGUAGUGAUUCCUGGAGUUCUCAGGUCUUCCAUUUCUGCCCAGCCCCCUCAGUGGCACUGCUAUGCAAGGCUUCUGGGCCCUCAGCACGUGUUCCUGACUUUUCUCCCGGCUACCUUCUCAGACGUCCAACAUCUGACUGCUUACGGCCUGGAGAGUUCCUUUCAAGAGGAAACAAAACCCAAGCUUGGGGAUUGGAGUGGAGCUCCGAGCCUGAAAGACCCAGGAGCAACAGGAACUAAGGCUACAGAGUCCCAAGUGCCCACCCUCAGUGUGACCCUUGCUAGUGACAGUGCCCAGGAUUCAGGAGAGCCAAGCACACCCUCCUGCCAAGACUUGGCAGCUAACAGUGGCCGCCAGGCUCCCCAGACAGAGGGUGCUGACGGGCCCCGGACCCGGUGUCCUGUCUACAUCUAUAGCUGUUCCCUGGAAGCACUGAGGGAACAAAUGGUUGGCUUACAGCCUCCACAAGCACCACGGGAUCUCAUAUUCCGGGCUCAGGACCUGGACCACCCCUCCUCAUCCUCAGCCUGGAUGGAGCCCAGAUGCAAGGAGGCAGCCACGCACUGUGCCUUGCUGCAGGAGCACGCACAGCGGUGCUUUGUCCGCGGGCUGUUCCGAAGCUUGCAACAAGCACAGAGCGUGACCUGCCAGGAUCUGCUGACAGCCGUCGAUGCCUGUGAGGAGCUACUACAAGAAAUAGACAUCACCUCUUUUCUGCUUGCACUAUGUGGCCAUACUUGGGGUUUGCCUCAUGCACCCCCAAGCCCUGGGCCUCUCAGUCCAGGGCCCUUCAGCAGUAGCAUCGAAGAAGGACCGGAACCCCGGGAACGAGCUAUCCUAGUUUCUGAGUCCAGUAUAGAGACCGAGGACCUAAGUGAGCCCGAGUUUCAGAGCAGCCGUGUCUCUGGGAAUUUAGACCCUGGUCCGGAAAUUUCUCUGACAGAUGUCUGCCAGCUCAGAGGAGAGGCACAUGAUGCCCUUCACAGCCUCAUCCAGGAGAAGUUCCUGGAGAUCAGCCGUCUGCACUUCCGCACCGUUCCCUCCAAUCCCCACUACUUCUUCUAUUGCCCGCCAUCCAGUAGGCGAGAGGAUGAGGGACCCCGAGACACUGUGGACAGAAAAAUCAGUGACCUGGAGUUUUCAGAAGCCGAGCUUGUGGGCGAGGAAGGGGACACAUCUGCCUGCUGUGUGGUCACUGAAAGCGAUCCAGAGCUGGAGGUGGAAUACCGGGAGAGCCGAGAACCAGACCUGGGGCCCGCUGGGCUAGACUCCGCAUCACUGUCAGAUGCAGACACUGUGAACCCCGAUGAGGACUCCUUCAGUAUCUUAGGGGGCGACUCCCCCACUGGGCCAGACAGCCUCAUGCAUGACCUGCCACCUCUCUUCUUACACCUCACAUGCUCCGUGCGGUUGCGCGGACAGCACAGCUCGGUGCCUGUGUGCAGCCUGCCCACCUGCCUGGGUCAAGUGCUUUCCAGUCUAGAGGGACCCCCGAUUGGAGGCCGAGUCCCACUGAGGGACCUCAGUAUCACUCUUGAUGUCUUUGUGUUGACCUUACCCCUGGAAGUGGAACUACCUCCAGCCUCGGACCCUCAACACCACCGGUCAACAUCCGAGAGCAGUGCUUCAUUCCCACGGUCCCCGGGACAGCCCUCGUCUUUAAGGUCAGAUGAUGGCCUAGGACCCCCACUGCCGCCCCCAGAAGAAGAGAGGCACCCAGGACUGUCCAGUUUGGCCAUGCCCCAUAGACUGGCUAUUGAGAGCACAAUGAACGAGAUCCGCUGGCUGUUAGAAGACGAGAUGGUAGGGGCACUCCGGAGAGGGGGCAUCCCCCAGAGCCCUGCCCUGCACCGAGCGGCUGCCCACAUUCAUAGCUCUUCUGGACGCCCUACCUGCCUCCGCCAAGCUCCCCCUCUGAGUUUUGUGUUUGGGCCAGAGCGCUCCCUCACACAGUUCAAGGAGGAGUUCCGGCGCCUUCACCUCCCUGGCCACGUUCUCCUCGAGGACCCUGACAGUGGCUUCUUCUUUGUGGCAGCUGGCCAACAACCAGGUGUACUCCAUGGGGAACCCCCUUCAGCAGCCUGGGCUUGGCACAACCAUGAAGACAGGGCUGAAGAUGCUGAAGGGGAGGUCCUGACAGCCAGCCCCCAAGUCCCUGGCUCGCUAGAGGAUUCUGAAGGCACCCCCCUCAUUAGCCUUCCCAGCCUUUCACAGGGAGGAAGUCAGCCUGGGCCUAGUCGGGGACUAAGCCUCAUGUCCAGUCAAGGCAGUGUGGACUCAGACCACCUUGGGUAUGACGGUGGCAGCAGUGGCUCAGACAGUGAGGGUCCCGGUGAGACUCUUGGUGAGAAAGCCCUCUUCACGCUGCGGACUCCACCUGGACCAGCACCUCCACAGCCUUCACUCCCUGUCCUUCCUGGGCCCUCCCUGCCUGACUUCUGGCUCAUCGUCAGGAUACUGCAGGACCGUGUGGAAGUGUAUGCACAUGCACGGAGCCUGAGUCGUGAGGAUGGCGGCCCGGGUGCUGAGUGUCGCCACCUGCAGCAAUUCCUGGUGAGGCGUGUUGGGGAAAUCUGCAGAGAGGUCAACCAGCGACUGCUCCUUCAAGACCUUCACGACAGUCAUGUGUGUAACUCCCUUCUGGUGGCCGAGAGUGAAGAAGAUCUGUGGCGCAGCGAGACGCCUUUCCAUUCCCGUCAGCGGGCAGUCCUGCCCAGUGAUGAUUUCGCUGCUGACGAGAGCUGUGCUCCUCGAGGAUACCUAGCCGCCACCAUGCAGUUUGUCCCAGGACAUUUCUCCUGUGACGUUGUAUGGGGAACUGUGAUCCGAGUCCAUUCACGGCUCAAGAUGGGACCCAGCAUGGGGGUCUCUCGGGCUAUCCAGGCCCUGCGCUCUGUGCUCAAUGCCUUCUCUGUGGUGAACCGGAAGAAUAUGUUUGUUUAUCAAGAGCGAGCAACAAAGGCCGUGUACUACCUUCGGCUGCUGGAGACUUCUUGCAGUGACCGACCGUGGGAAGGGGAUACCCUGCCCCCAUCCCUAGCUCUAUCCCGAAGCCAAGAACCCAUUUCCUCUGAGGAUUCCGUGGCUCCUCGUUCUCCACUGGACAUGGCUUCCAGCCGCAGUUCAGAUGCUGUGCGCCCUGUGGGCCAAGUGGACAGACAUAUCCAGCUGCUGGUCCAUGGCGUAGGACAGGCAGGUCCUGAAAUCACAGAUGAGUUAGUGCGGGUUCUGCGCCGGCGGCUGGACGAGGCCACCCUGGACAUCAUCACAGUCAUGCUGGUUCGGAAUUGCAAGCUGACCCCGGCCGACGUAGAGUUCAUCCAACCUCCUGGGAGUCUCCCCUCAGAGGUGCUGCAUCUGGUCUUGCCUCCGUCCUGCAGACCCUGCCUUCCUGCCCUGGCCUGGUACCUCCGCCAGAACUUACUCACCUUCCUGCACUCCCCCAAGUACACAGACAGCAAUAGCCGGAACCACUUCCAACAUCCACUCCCAGCACAGGGUGGCCUCCCCGACUUGGACAUCUACUUGUAUAAUAAACCUGGUGGACAGGGCACUGGUGGCAAAGGGGUUGCCUGCAUCACUCUAGCCUUUGUGGAAGAAGGAGGAACCCCCAUCUCACUGGCAUCAUGGCCCCCCUCUUCUCCGGGGCCCCCAGACCCACUACGAGAAGAAGAAUUUGAGCAGCUGACUCAGGUCAUUCGCUGCCCAAACACAUUGGACAGUUGUUCAGCUCAGGAUGGAUCCCCACGGCUUCGACUGGACGUGUGGGAAAAGGGGAACAUUAGCAUAGUACAACUGGAGGAGAAGCUCCGGGCUGCUGCUCGCCAGGCCCUGGCCGACGCCAUCAUGGAGCUGCGGCUGCUGCCAGCCUCACUGUGUACAGAAGACAUCCCUCCAGGAAGUCUUAAGAGCGGACCAUUGGAUACCAAGAGCCCUGCCUGCCGAGCCAACACCUUUCCCUGUACCCCUGUCUCCGGGGAGCCUGUGACUCCACCUAGCAAAGCUGGCCGCCGCAGCUUCUGGGAUAUGCUGAGUAAAACAGAAGCUGGAGAUUUGGGUUCCCCCAAAACAACUGAUGAUAUUGUCCUGGAUCGGCCAGAAGAUACUCGGGGUCGGAGACGUCAUAAAACCGAGAAUGUUCGGACCCCAGGUGGAUCUGAGCGGGCACCGGGCCCAGAUUCUGGAGCCCAGAGACAAAGACGCCGGACAACACAGCUAGAGGAGGGUGAGGUGGGGACCCUGCAUCCCGUAUUUGCUCGUGUCAUUCAGCGCUGGAUGGGAUUCAUGGUUCAGAUUGGUUGUGCCUCAGUGUCCAGGAGCUCCACCCACAUGGUAUCCCGGUUCCUCCUUCCAUCCAUCCUGUCAGAGUUCACCACUCUGGUCAUCUCAAUGGCUGGAGACACCAGUGUCCGUGUCUUUGAGCAGCAUUUAGGUUCUGAGCCAGAUGUCUUCAGCCCUUGUUCUCCAGGGCAGCUGGGCCCGGCCCCCCGCCCAGCAGCUCAGCGGCACCUUCUUCUUCUGGGAAGGAACUUCGCCCAGUGGAGGAGACCAACCCAGCAGGCUGCCAAAGCUGUGCAGCGCUUUGAGUCAGGAGGAGACGGAAGCCCAGGGAGAAGCGCUCCCCGGCAAAGGCUUUUGCUGCUAGAGGUUACAGAUAAGAAGCUACAGCUGCUGACUUAUAACUGGGCUCCAGACCUGGGUGCAGCAUUGGGCCGAGCUCUGAUCCGCCUUGUCCAGUGGCAGAAUGCGCGAGCCCACCUCAUCUCCUGCCUGCUCAGCCAGAAGCUCGGUCUCUUCCACCACUGUGGCCAGUUAGACUUUCCCAUGCGUGAUGGAAAGGAGCCAAACCCAUUCCUGCUGCCGACCAUGGAAGUGGAGACCCUCAUCCGGAAUGCAAGCCCUCCACUGAGUCGCGAACAGGGCCGGCUGAGUGGCUCCUCUCGUGGGGGAGGUCCCCUUUCCUUGGACACAUUUCCCUUUGAUGAAGCUCUGAGGGACAUCACAGCUGCUCGCCCGAGCUCUACAGGUGGUCCUGCGCCCAGACCUCCAGAUCCUGUGACCUACCACGGGCAGCAGUUCUUAGAAAUUAAGAUGACAGAACGAAAAGAGCUGGAGCGCCAGAUGAAGAUGGAGAACCUGUUUGUAACCUGGCAGCAGCGUUCUGCACCAGCGAGCAUGCCCAUCAGUGCUGGGGAGCUGGAGACCCUGAAGCAGUCAUCCCGCUUGGUGCAUUACUGCGCGACUGCUCUGCUCUUUGACCCAGCUGCCUGGCUGCACGGACCCCCAGAGACUUGUGCACCCUCUGAAGGGCAGCGACGACCGUGCCCUGAGUCAGGGUCUGGAAGCCGAGAGGUUCCCACAAGCUGUGAAUCCUUGGAUGUGCCUCCUCCAGGAGCCCGAGAGGAGCCAUGGCUGAAGGAGCUGAGCUUGGCCUUCCUGCAGCAAUACGUGCAGUAUCUGCAGAGCAUUGGCUUUGUGCUGGUGCCACUCCGGCCCCCCUCACCUGCCCGCAGUACCAGCCGGCUACGGGCUAUGGCUAUCCUUGGAACAGAGGGUCGAGGCUCCUUCUCCUGCCCCAAAGCCAAGGCUGAGGGGAGCCCAAAGAGCACCAGUACUCCGGUCACCACCUACCACCUGCAGCGGGCACUGCCUGGGGGCAUCAUCCUCAUGGAGCUGACCUUCCAGGGCUGUUACUUCUGUGUCAAACAGUUUGCUCUGGAAUGUUCCCGAAUCCCAAUGGGACAAGCCGUCAACUCUCAGCUGUCCCUGCUGUUCACAGAGGAAUGUGACAAGGUCCGUGAUCUGAUGCAUGUGCACUCCUUCAGCUAUGACUUCCACCUGCGCCUCGUGCACCAGCACGUGCUCGGUGCCCACCUGGCACUGCGGCACGGCUACCACCUCACCACCUUCCUGCAGCACUUCCUGGCCCACCACCCUGAUGGACCCCACUUUGGCCGUAAUCACAUUUACCAAGGGACGCUGGAGCUCCCCACCCCACUCAUUGCUGCCCACCAGCUGUACAACUAUGUGGCUGACCAUGCCAGUUCUUACCACAUGAAACCACUGCGAAUGGCCCGGCCCGGUGGUCCGGAACAUAAUGAAUAUGCCCUGGUGUCAGCAUGGCAUAGCUCUGGCUCCUAUCUGGACUCGGAAGGGCUUCGGCAUCAGGAUGACUUUGAUGUGUCUCUGCUUGUCUGUCACUCUGCUGCACCCUUCGAGGAGCAAGGAGAGGCUGAGCGACAUGUGCUGAGGCUUCAGUUCUUUGUGGUGCUAACCAGCCAACGAGAACUUUUCCCAAGACUCACUGCUGACAUGCGCAGAUUCCGGAAACCCUCCAGGCUUCCCCUUGAGCCAGAGACUCCUGGGAGCUUGGUUGGUAGCCCCAGGGAAGCCUCAGGGAUGAUGCUGGCCCCAGGGCCAGCUCCUCUGUUCCCACCAUUGGCUGCAGAAGUGGGUAUGGCCCGGGCACGGCUAGCUCAGCUGGUUAGGUUGGCUGGUGGGCACUGCCGGCGGGAUACCCUCUGGAAGCGCCUAUUCUUGCUGGAGCCACCAGGGCCUGACCGGCUAAGGCUUGGAGGGCGCCUGGCCCUGGCAGAGCUGGAGGAGCUCUUAGAGGCAGUCCACGCCAAGUCCAUUGCGGACAUUGACCCCCAGCUGGACUGUUUCCUCUCCAUGACGGUCUCCUGGUACCAGAGCCUCAUCAAGGUUCUCCUGAGCCGAUUCCCCCAGAGCUGCCGCCAUUUUCAGAGCCCAGACUUGGGAACCCAGUACCUGGUUGUGCUGAAUCAGAAGUUCACCGACUGCUUUGUCUUGGUGUUUCUGGACUCACACCUGGGAAAGACGUCUCUGACGGUGGUUUUCCGAGAGCCCUUCCCGGUGCAGCCCCAGGACAGUGAGAGCCCUCCUGCCCAGCUGGUCUCUACCUACCACCACUUGGAGUCUGUCAUCAACACAGCCUGUUUCACCCUCUGGACCCGCCUUCUCUGAGAAGUGGACCAGUGACUCUGUUGAUUGAAUCAUGGAUCUAUAAGCUUGCCCGCUUGAGGCAGGACAGACUGGCACUUAGGAACCCCAGGGUAAACUCAGACACAGAAUGACACUAAAGGACUGAGUAUGUCUGGGAGAAGUGCUGCUACAGCCUGGCAACAGGAACAUAGCUGCUGAACAGCCCGGACUCGCCUCAGGCCCCUGGGCCUGUGCAGAAGAGGAUGCCUCCUUCCUGCACACCUGGUGGAGUGCCAGGGAAUGUCACAUGAUCUGACAAGCUCUCACCUCUAAGAGCUCUGCCACUUGGCCAUCACUGUUGGACAUUACCAUUGAGAUAGACUUGGUUCCGAUCUUGACUCGGCCUGUCAAGCACCUGUGACCAGUCUUACCUCCUCCCGUCCCCACUGGACCUUUGGUUCCUCAUCUGUGGAUAAGGAGGGCUCAGAAGUCUCCUGUGUCCACAGCAACCCUGGAGGAUUUGAGCUUGAGCUGUGUGUCCCUUCUCAGUGGGAGGGAAUUAACCUGGAGACAUUGAAGCAUUAGACACUAUGUGUCCCCCACCCCUGUAAUAUACACAUAUGAGAACG